UCAGCUGAAAUCCAGAGCUCAGCUCAGAAGCUCAGAGAGGGGAAGCAGACAAAACGCAGCAGCUUCGGUCAAACUCAGCAAAGGCAUGGAAUUUGGCCAUGAAGUUCACAUUCUGAACGGCAAAAAGAGGUUUCUGAAACCAGAGAAUGCAGGAAUACUUUAAAUAUCUCUUCUAGUCUUGCUUGGAGGAGAAGCUCUCUUUUUUUUUUCCAUUGCUAGGGACGCGACACGGGGACAAUUCAUCUCUUAGUGCAGCCUGUCUGAAGUGGAUCAUGCCCCCCAGAUAGCAGCCUCGUCCUCCUCUCCACUCCCCUUCCCUCACCCCUUGGCCCCUUCCUCUACCUUCCCGGUCCAGCGCCACCACUGCCACCUGCGUCACCACGGCCAUCAUGCCCCCCAGGAAGAGGACGCGGCCGGGCCUGGGCUUCCUGUGCUGCUUUGGCAGCAGCGAGCCCCCAGAGAUCAACCUGAAGGACAGCGUGCCGCUGCAGCUGCUGGAGUUCAGCGCCCCCAUGCCACCUGCUGAGGAGCUGCACGCCCGUUUCUCCGAACUGGUGGAUGAGCUGGACCUGACGGAUAAGAACAGGGAGGCCAUGUUUGCUCUGCCCGAUGAGAAGAAAUGGCAGAUCUACUGCAGCAAGAAGAAGGAGCAAGAGGACCCCAACAAGUUGGCCACCAGCUGGCCCGACUACUACAUUGACCGGAUUAACUCUAUGGCGGCUAUGCAGACCCUGUUUGCCUUUGAUGAGGAGGAAAUGGAAAUGAGGAACAAGGUGGUGGAGGAUCUGAAGACAGCACUUCGGACUCAGCCAAUGAGGUUCGUUACACGCUUCAUCGAGCUGGAUGGCCUCACCUGCCUCCUCAACUUCCUGCGCAGCAUGGACUACGAGACGUCAGAGAGCCGUGUCCACACCUCCGUCAUCGGCUGCAUCAAGGCCCUGAUGAACAACUCGCAGGGCCGCGCACACGUCCUGGCUCACCCACAGAGCAUCAACACCAUCUCACAGAGCCUGCGGACGGAGAACAUCAAAACCAAAGUGGCGGUGCUGGAGAUUCUUGGGGCCGUUUGCCUGGUGCCUGACGGACAUAAGAAGGUGCUGCAGGCCAUGGUGCACUACCAGAAAUACGCUGCUGAGAGGACUCGCUUCCAGACGCUGCUGAAUGAGCUGGACAGAAGUACGGGACGCUACAGAGAUGAGGUCAACUUAAAGACAGCCAUCAUGUCCUUCAUAAACGCUGUGCUCAACGCUGGAGCUGGAGAGGACAACCUUGAGUUCCGCCUCCACCUAAGGUUCGAGUUCUUGAUGUUGGGCAUCCAGCCGGUCAUCGACAAGCUCCGAGAGCAUGAAAACGCCACUCUGGAUAGGCAUUUGGACUUCUUUGAGAUGGUGCGGAAUGAGGAUGACUCAGAACUGGCCAAAAGAUUUGAUAUGUCCCAUGUAGAUACAAAGAGUGCUGGUAACAUGUUUGAGCUAAUCAAGAAGAAACUGAGCCACACGGAUUCCUACCCACACCUCCUCUCCAUCCUCCAACACUGCCUGCAGAUGCCCUAUAAACGUGGUGGUGGCAGCCUGCAGCACUGGCAGCUCUUAGACAGGAUUCUCCAGCAGAUAGUCCUGCAGGAUGACAAGGGAGAAGACCCCGACAUCGCCCCUCUGGACAACUUCAGUGUUAAAAACAUCAUUCGCAUGUUGGUCAAUGAAAACGAGGUGAAACAGUGGCGAGACCAGGCAGAGAAGUUUAGGAAAGAUCACGGAGAGCUGCUAGCAAAGCUGGAGAGGAAAGAGCGAGAGUGUGAUACCAAGACCCAGGAGAAGGAGGACAUGAUGAAGACUUUGAACAAGAUGAAGGACAAGCUACAACGAGAGGGUGUGGAGCUGCGCUCAGCCCGGGAGCAAGUGCUGGACCUGUCGUCACGCAUUAAUGACGUGAUAGCUGGCGGCAGCGUAUCUUUCCCGCCUCCCCCUCCUCCUCCUGGUGGCCCCGUGGCUCCUCCUCCACCACCUAUGAUGGGUGGCUUCCCUCCCCCUCCACCUCCUCUACCGUUCAGCUGCCCGCCUCCUCCACCACCUCCCCCUCCGCCCGGAGCACCGCCUCCUCCGCCCGGAGCUCCUCCCAUCUUCGGAAUUCCACCUCCUCCUGUCCCCUCAUCAUUCAACUCAAUGGGCACUAUGCGCUCCAAGUCCAUCCCUCAGCCUUCUCAUCCCCUCAAGUCCUUCAACUGGGCUAAACUAGGAGAGAAUGUAAUCAAUGGCACCAUCUGGAACGACAUUGAUGACCUGAGAGCUUUCAAGAUCCUUGACCUCAAGGACAUAGAGAAGAUGUUUUCAGCAUAUCAGAGACAGCAGGACCUGCUAACUAACCAAUCCUUCAAACAGAAAGAGACGGGCUCUAUGGAUGACAUAUACGUCAGCACACGGAAGGUCAAAGAGCUGUCAGUCAUUGAUGGCAGACGUGCACAGAACUGUGUCAUCCUGCUCUCAAAGUUAAAAAUGAGCAAUGAAGAAAUCAAGAGGGCGAUCCUAGAGAUGGAUGAGAGAGAAGAGCUAGCCAAAGAUAUGUUGGAGCAGCUACUGAAGUUUGUCCCAGAGAAAAGUGACAUUGACCUGCUGGAGGAGCACAAACAUGAGCUGGAGAGGAUGGCCCGGGCUGACCGCUUCCUCUUUGAAAUGAGCAGAAUUGACCACUACCAGCAGAGACUGCAGGCUCUGUUCUUUAAGAAGAAGUUUGCAGAGCGUCUAGCUGAAACCAAGCCUAAGGUUGAAGCUAUCCUGAAUGCAUCCAAGGAGGUGGUGCGGAGCAAGCGUCUGACUCAGGUCCUGGAGGUAGUUCUGGCCUUCGGCAACUUCAUGAACAAAGGCCAGAGGGGGAACGCCUAUGGAUUCAAGGUGUCCAGCCUCAACAAGAUCGCCGACACCAAGUCCAGCAUAGACAGAAACAUCACCAUGUUGCACUACUUGAUCAUGAUCUUUGAGAAGAACUACCCAGACACGCUGCACAUCCAGGAGGACCUCAACAGUGUACCAGAGGCUGCCAAAGUCAAUUUGUCAGAGUUGGAAAAAGAAGUGCACAAUAUCAAAAGUGGACUGAAGGCUCUAGAGGCGGAGCUGCACCACCAGCAGAGCAGGACGAGGGAGCGCGGGGAUAAGUUUGUGGCCGUGAUCGGGGACUUCAUCACUGUGGCUGGCUUCAGCUUCUCUGAACUGGAGGACCAGCUGAGUGAAGCCAAGGACAAGUUUGCCAAAUCUCUGAAGCACUUUGGGGAAGAAGAAGGAAGGAUGCAGCCUGACGAGUUCUUCGGGAUCUUCGACACGUUUUUACAGUCGUUCAGCGAAGCACGGCAAGACCUGGAGAACAUGCAGCGACGUAAGGACGAGGAGGAGAGGAGGGCACGGAUGGAGGCCAUGCUCAAGGAGCAGAGGGAGCGGGAACGGCGGGCCAAGAAGGGCGGAGCCUCGGACGAGGUCGGCGGGGAGUUCGACGACCUGGUUUCGGCGCUGCGCUCCGGCGAGGUCUUUGAUAAGGACCUGAACAAGUUCAAACGCAACCGCAAGCGUUCCGUUAACCAGCUGGUGGAAGGUGGUGGUCGUGAACGAGCCGUCACCAAGGUCAACUACUAGGUUGGAUAAAGGACGGACAAAAAAAAAACAAAAAACACACUAGACACCUGAAUUCUGCCAUGGCGUAGAUCUCUUAACACCUUUAGUCCAGGUCCUGGAACAUGACCGCUCACAUUGGAGAGGAUGUAAAUAACGGCUGGACUGGACAUGUAGCGACAGGUAUGGACAGGUAUGCCGUCUUGAAGGAUGCAACACUCUCCUCUGAUUGGUCAUGUAAAGCUAUUUCCAACCUGUUUGUCCUGGAUGAAGGACAGUUGGGAUGGAUAGAUGGACGGACACACCACUGUGACACGUUAUCCCAUGUCCUUUGACCAUAUCCUUUAACACUGUGCUCAAGGUUCUCACUGUCUAUCACCUUACUGUCUUUCACUUUCUAUCUCUUUUUUUCUCUCACAAACCCCUCUCUGUUCCUCUGUAAACUCCUUGGUGCUGGAGAGGAAUCAUUUUUACUCUAUGGCUCUAAAACACAUGGACAUUGGGAUCAGCCAGUCACUCUGUACAUAGACGCGAGACCAAGAGAAAGGAUUGGAAACAGGACUAUGAAGGAUCUCCAGGCAGAUUUUUUUUUUUAAAAAAACAACUGAAAAAGAAGUUGGGGGGGAGCUAAGCCAUAACCUCCACAGUCAUGGUUGCUUCAGGUAUUCCCCAGAAAAUUAAAAGACUUCUCAGAAUGGAUGGAUGUUCAUGAGCUCUCUUUAUUGCAAAGAAGGACAUGGAGGCCGAGAAUGCCGAGGAGUGAUACACGACGGUGGGUGAUCCCAGUGGUCUCAUACACGGCACACAGCAUUCCCAGGGAGGACAUACGUACAUCCCGAUCUGCAGUUUUGCAGGAAACAAACAGCUCUUCUCAAGGAAACUUCUCAACUUGAUCCAUCAACAAAGUGACUGUGCCACAUGGGUCAAGCCUCACCUACACUCUAAAAUGGUCUCAACAUCGUUCUGGCAUUAACCCGUGCCAAAGCAAAGAGAAAGCAAAUGUAAAUGUAUUAAUACAAAACAUACUGCAAUUAGACGUUGAUAUAUAUAUUUAUAUUUAGAUGCAGACAAGCUAAUUGCAAAGAUGUAGAGGUUUUUUAUGUUUUGGGAUUUUGUACACGCAAUGCAUUAUUUGUUGGUGUUGCAAGUUCACAUUGCUCUUGAAGUGAAUUUCUAUACAUUUUGCGCUUUAUGUAAAAGAGAUAACUGCUUGUCCUUUUCACACCUGUAUGUCUUGUUUGCACUGUAGCUUUUCUGACAAACUUUACACUCAAAUGACCACAAGCCAGCUAGAGCAUUCUCUCUGUUCUCAGAUUAAGAUAAUGAAGAAAUGCCAUAAAUGACUUUAAAGGCGUAAUCUGGAGUUAGUUUACAGUGCUUUUCCCUGCUCUGCUGUCAGUCUAUAAGGUUCAUAUCUGACUUUAUUCCUCUCCAUCACCUACAAACUAGUGAGUACUAUCCAUAGUAUCGGUGAGAUCUGUUCCACUGGUACUAAAACAUUUGAUCUGUGGACAGCCAUCAGCCCAGCUCAGGAUGUAUCAAUCUCACUCAAUGAAACUAUUGCUGAAUUGCACCGGUACCAGGAUUCAGCCUCAUCAUGCAGCGUUUCUGUGUGUUUUUAUCUUCAGUUGUGAUGUCAGACCUUAUUGUAUUGUCAGGGCACAAUGAAGCACUUACAGGGCGUAGAAAAUUUCCUCUUGAUGAAAAGUUUAGGUUUUCUUUAUUGACAGGACACGAACAGAGAGGAUCAUUGAAAAGAAUCUGUGCUUUCAUCUUUUCAUGCAGCUUCUCACAAAUGUUUACAUCAUGAUGGGCAACCUGCUGCCAAACCAGAGUCAGACCCAUGAACUCAAGGCCAACAUCAUUUUUCCUAAGGUUUUUUUAAAUUAUUUUUAGCACUCAGUGUAUUUUUUUAAUGUAUAUCUGCAUUUCCAAAACCUAAGCAGUACUCUUGACAGAGGCUGUGAUAUGAUGUGUAAGGUCACCUCAGCACACCAUUGACAUCCAGUUCUUAAAGAUACAGUAGUGGGUGAAAAGAAAUACAUGAGGGGAUGAAAGAGCAACUCCUGGUCAGUGCUUCAGGAGAAGGAUCAAGCUCAUCAUCACUGGGUGUGUUCUUAGAUAACCUUUUUUAUUCUUGCCAUCCACACACGUGGAUACUGUGGUACAGUAAAAGGCCAUAUGAGAGGUGUUGGACUGUGUAAUACAGCCAUCCUAUGUGUGACCUUCUCUGUCAGCCCGUUCACCCAGAAUCAGAAGGAAGGACUCUAGCUAAGAUGUUUAUUUCACAGCUCUAGGUUUUGGCAUAUAAUGCUCCUUACAUUUAGUCUGGUUCACUUUGGUCAAACUGGCCCAAGACUUUGCACAGCAGCCCCUGGUUGAGUUUGUCAGAGAUAGGACUAAAGUGGAUGUUCUCUUAGUGACAGUUAGCAUAAACUCAGAGUUCUCCUGUUGCAAGAUUUCCACUGCACCCGACUAAAUGAGCACUUAUUAUAUAUACAGUAAUGUUACAAAAGACAAGAAGACUUGUUUCACGGUGUUCCUGAACAAACUAAUAGACUUGUCACUCAACACCCUCGACAGCAUGUAUCGGUAUCUCUAGUGAUAACUAUCCCAGUUUGUCCUUAUUCCUUCAUUCUGCCUGUUUUUCUGUUCUGAAACAGUGUUCACCUUUAAGUGCCUCUGAUCCAGGUUUCACACGCACCAUUCCUGUUACUGUGUUUCAGUGCUUGUGACUUUCCAAGAAACAUACAGUACUUGCCGGUGAAAUGACAGUUAAAAUUAGACUAACUGGCGCCAUCUUGUGGCAUCAGAUAGCACACUUCACUUCAAGUUGAAGCAGACGUCACAGUCAGGUAAAACUUCUCCAGUGUGUUCAUGUGAUUUGUCUCUUGACCAAAGCUCUAGAAGCUCACUCACUAACUCACCUACUAGAUAAGUCCAGUAGGUGUAGUUUGGUGUUUCUGGAGUCACUCCAGAGGUUUGGCCUGUUACCUGUGAACACAUAAGCCCCCCUCCAUAGCUUUAAUUUAUCCACAAUAAGUUCUGUCACAGUGUCACCUCAUUCUGUCAGAUUAUAUUCCUUCAGUUUUUCCUGAAGCAGAAAGAAGCCGAUAUGCAGCACAGAAGAAGAUGUGAGAAAGCACAGAGAGGAUCUUUGAGCUUCCAUGUCCCAAGCUUAAGAGAUAAACCAGGAAACCAAGUCACUACAAACUUUUCCUGUGAAAUCACAAAGGAGGAAAUGGCCUUUGAUCGCCUAUUCUUAAACCAGCAUCUCGUGUAUAUUUGAGCUAUUCUGUUUCCUAACUUCUGCUCCUUUGUCUUUCAAGUUAAUCAGAGUUAGUAUAUCAGAUUUCAGCAGACCCUUUACACUCUUAAUUCAGAGCUUUAACCCAUAUUGUAGUGCAGACUAUUUACAGAGGGGUAUUGCAACAUUGUCAGUAUUAAUACAUGUUUGUGUUGUUACAUGUUUGGAUGUUUAUUUGGCCAUUGACUGGCCGGUUUUUGGAGUGUAAAGAUGGAAAUCAGAGGAAAGAACUUAGUAGCUUGUUCAAUGCACUUUUAUCAUGGGAAGUUUCCAUUUGCAGCACCGUUCUGAGGGCUUGGGUCCCUCGAGAAAAGAGAAGGGUGCAACGAAAGUGUGGUGCAGAAAAAACAUGGUGUGUAGAGGAAAGAGAAACAAAAGGGCAAGUGAGGGAAGAGACUCCGGCUGGACCGCUGGAAACACAUUAUUAGUCAGUCUGUUGAAUGGCUCUCCUGCUUUGGUGUGUUUAUAAAAAAAGAGGGGAAGGGAUGCGGGGUGUUUUCUGUCACCACAUUUCUGUCAUUACAUGCACAUGGCGUCGACCUGCAUGACUAGAGACGGGUGCACAAAGUGUGACGUGUUGACUUUAUCCUUUAACAGAAAAUUGCUUGCAUAAUGGAACACACCUGUUCCGCCACAAUUUGUACUGCCUGAGAAAAGUUGCACCCAUUCUUUGAGGUUGUAUAAUUGUGAGGAGUCAGUAUUUUUAUGGAUGAAAAAAAAGCAUCCUCUGCCGAAAGAUGUACAGUUGGAGAAAAAAAAAAGCAUUUUGUACACCAUUCUUGAUGUUUGAGAUAAGAUUAAAAAAAAGUUGAAAACAUUGAGGAAUGUUCCAUUUUCCUGUAAAUUGUACCUCUAUUUAUUUGCCUUAUUUAGUUUGCUAUAUUUUGUAUGUACACACAGCAUUACAACAAAAUGUUAUAUUAAAAAUAUGAAUAAUUAAACUGUGGUCCGUGUAUGAUGGAUAGUUCUGAGACUUGUAUAAGAAUGAGAAUUUUUUUGUUCUUUGUUUUUUUCAUUUCUAUAAUUUUAUUUUUGUUUUGUAUUUUUUCUCACCCUGUGUCUUUUGUAGGGUUACAAUAAACUUUCGUCCCUUACAA